CGGGGUGUGGACUCUAAGUUGAACCGGGGAGCACAAGAAUUGAGCGGUCUCAUUUAACAAGUCGGGCACAUCAGACGAAAUUUCACUUUUCCAGUUGUGUUUUUGGACUUGGAUAACAACACACAAAGGAAAAUGAGGGAAAUAGUUCACAUACAAGCGGGUCAAUGUGGCAACCAAAUCGGAACAAAGUUUUGGGAAGUUAUCAGCGAUGAACACGGCAUUGAUCCCGCAGGAAAUUAUGUCGGUGACUCAGCCCUUCAACUCGAGAGAAUUAAUGUGUACUACAACGAGGCAUCGUCUCACAAGUAUGUCCCGCGGGCAGUUCUGGUGGAUCUGGAGCCAGGCACGAUGGAUAGCGUCCGAUCUGGUCCAUUUGGCCAGCUCUUCAGACCUGACAACUUCAUCUUUGGGCAGACAGGUGCUGGGAACAACUGGGCCAAAGGCCACUAUACAGAGGGGGCAGAGCUGGUGGACUCUGUGCUGGAUGUGGUGAGGAAAGAGUGCGAACACUGUGACUGCCUUCAGGGCUUCCAGCUCACCCACUCCCUGGGCGGUGGCACAGGCUCUGGCAUGGGCACCCUUCUCAUCAGCAAAAUCCGCGAAGAGUACCCCGACCGCAUCAUGAACACCUUCAGCGUCAUGCCCUCCCCGAAGGUGUCGGACACCGUGGUAGAGCCCUACAACGCCACGCUGUCCGUCCACCAGCUGGUGGAGAACACAGAUGAGACGUACUGCAUCGACAACGAGGCGCUCUACGAUAUCUGCUUCCGCACCCUCAAACUCACCACGCCCACAUACGGGGACCUCAACCACCUGGUGUCAUCCACCAUGAGCGGGGUGACCACCUCCCUGCGCUUCCCCGGCCAGCUCAACGCCGACCUGCGCAAGCUGGCCGUCAACAUGGUGCCCUUCCCCCGUCUGCACUUCUUCAUGCCCGGCUUCGCCCCCCUGACCGCCCGCGGGAGCCAGCAGUACCGCGCCCUCACGGUGCCCGAGCUCACCCAGCAGAUGUUUGACGCCAAGAACAUGAUGGCGGCCUGCGACCCGCGGCACGGCCGCUACCUGACGGUGGCCACCGUGUUCCGCGGGCCCAUGUCCAUGAAGGAGGUGGACGAGCAGAUGCUGGCCAUCCAGAACAAGAACAGCAGCUACUUUGUGGAGUGGAUCCCCAACAACGUGAAGGUGGCCGUGUGCGACAUCCCACCGUGCGGCCUCAAGAUGGCCUCCACCUUCAUCGGCAACAGCACGGCCAUCCAGGAGCUGUUCAAGCGCAUCUCCGAGCAGUUUUCCGCCAUGUUCCGCCGUAAGGCCUUCCUGCACUGGUUCACCGGGGAGGGCAUGGACGAGAUGGAGUUCACGGAGGCAGAGAGCAACAUGAACGACCUGGUGUCGGAGUACCAGCAGUACCAGGAGGCCACUGCCAAUGAUGGAGAUGAGACAUUUGACGAUGAUGAGGAGGAAGUAAAUGAGUGAAGCUAAGAAGAGCCAUGACUUUUUUCAUUUUCCUAAAAGGCAUUUUUUCCUAUGAGAAUACACAGAUUUUCUUUUUUGUGACAUGCGUGUUUAAAAGCUGUGAAUGUUUUUUUUUUUUAAGUUUAGAAUGUAUAAUGACUGUUCAAUGCAGCAACAUGAACACUUAUGCAAAAUAAAACCACUGCAAAGGCAGACAAACUUGUCAUGCGAUCUGAGGCCUUUUCCUACCAGAACAAUAUUAACCAAAUAAAUUUUUUCUGAUGAAA